AUGGCUAUUCAAAUAGCAUUACUAGGUAUUAAGAAAAACCACACCAAAUUUGAACGAGUAGUCAUUCUUUCGGACUCCCUCAGCUCCUUACAAUCCUUGACAACUGGAAAUAGCAGUAGACCUAAACUGCUUAAUGCAAUUCAUUAUAUGAUCACCGAGAUCGAUCAAUUAGGAAUAGAUCUAAAAUUCGAAUGGAUUCCAUCUCAUGUCGACAUUUUAGGUAACGAGAUAGCAGAUCAACUCGCUAGAGCAGCCUUAGGGUCACGUGAUGUUCAUCUAAAUAUAGACUUGAGUGUAUCAGAGGUCGUCAGUAUAAUCAAUGACAAAACUCAAUUGAUAAGGCAGGAAAAUUGGUCGAAAUUAACUAAUAACUGGCUCUAUUCCAUCGAGAGCAAUGUUAAGAUCCAACCUCAGUUAUAUAGUUAUAAUAAAGUAGAGGAUACUGUUAUCACUAGACUUCGAUUAGGCUACACCAAACUCGGUCAUAACAUCAACCGUAUUAAAAAGGAAGUCAGUCCAUAUUGUCCAAACUGUGGUGAACCGGAAACCAUAGAACACAUUCUGUUCGAAUGCACCACCCAUGACAACUUUAGAUCAGUUUUCCAAAACCAAAUUGAGCAUAUAGACAAUAUGAAAUUCGAUUCCAAAACGGUACUCAACCCUCCAAAACAACAUAGAAAAUAUGUAUUCGACCAAUUAACCUCCUAUCUAACGGAUAUUGAUUAUAUUGAUAAAAUCUAG